AUGUUGUUCCACGAGAAGCUCGACAUCAAACUGAUCAGGCUUGUGAGAGAGAACCCGGUGCUCUACGACCAUAAUAAUGUUAAAUACAUGGACUUCAACGCCAGGGAGGUCGCCUGGCAGAAGAUAGGCGACGAGCUCAAGAGAUCCGCCGCCGACUGUAAGGUGAGAUGGAUUAAUAUAAGAGAUGUGUAUAGGAGAAUUUUGAGGAAAAAUCUGGAACCAACCGGAUUGAAGCCGAAAAUGUAUAAAUAUGAAAACGAAGUAUCGUUUUUAAGACCGUUCUUUAAAGACGUGUCGAUACAGAACGAAGAGUACGAUACUGAUGAGAGGAGCAAUGACCAAGGAAACGAUGAGUGUGGCGACGAACAGCCCAUGGACAGCGACAACUCCGAGGGGCCCAUACAUAAAGCGAAGAUAAAGAGAUCCUGUAAAUCAAGUUCCAAAAAGAAGAAGAAGAAGAAAAUAUUCGAGGAAGUUGAUCCCAUGUCCGCUGCGAGCUUCGCUGACGGAGCUCCUCCAUCAGAAUUCGAUGCCUCCGAUCCCGUCGAUGCAUUCUUGUUGAGCAUCGGCGCCACUUUGAGGACGUUCUCGCCAUAUCAUUUAAAUCUCGCUAAAAGCAAGAUCUUCUCAGUGGUCCAGGAACACGAUCUUCAACAAAUAGUGCAAAAACAACAGCACAAUGACGUAUCACCGCACGAUAUUAAGAUUUCCGCCUCGGAGGCGAUUUACAUGCAGUAA